GUUUGAUGGCGGGAAGUCAUCAUAGAAGCGGCACCAGUUAACACCAUCGCUACUACCCUACCGCAAAUUUGGCUUAAUUUAUCUUUCUCUAGUUGGAGAGUAAGUUCGAAAAUGGCUGAUUCUCAGUCUGUUUCGGACGUUUUCAGUCUUCGAAUCGUCUCGAUUGAUUAUUACAUGGCCCCUCCAAUGCACAAUCUCGACGUCAGUUACAGCAGUUUUCAAGGUGGGAAAGUGAACGAGGUUCCUGUAAUACGGAUUUACGGGCCAACCCCGGCCGGGCAGAAGGCUUGCUUGCACAUUCAUGGGGCUUUACCUUAUUUAUAUGUCCCGUAUGCAGAACUUCAAUCAGUCCACCAAGAAGGUGAUUCAUGCUCCCAAUUAAUAUCUCAUUUUCUAGAGAAGGCAUUGAAGCUUAAAGGCAAUGCUGGUUCAAAACGACAACAUGUGCAUGAUUGCAGUCUUGUCCGAGGGAAGAAGUUUUAUGGUUAUCAUCCAUCAGAAGAUCUUUUUGCAAAGAUAUACCUCUAUUAUCCACAAGAUGUCUCACGUGCAGCUAAUCUCCUCUUGGCGGGUGUAGAGCAAGAUAGAAGCUUACAGCCUCAUGAAUCUCACAUUCCCUAUCUUCUCCAAUUCAUGAUUGACCACAACUUAUAUGGGAUGGGGCAUCUGCACGCUUCAAAAGUGAUGUUCCGACAUCCAGUACCCAAUGCUUUCUCCAAAAGGGAGCCAUCAUAUUCUUCUACUAGUCUUCAGGUAGGUUCAUGUAGCAAUACAUCUGUUAGUUCUCCUGUUUGGAUAUCAUCAACGAUCCCAGGUGGCUGGGUGUGGGACUCUCUCAGUCAACUCAUCUCUUCAUCCUCUCCAAUGGUUAAUUCAGUUAAACGUCAAAGUACCUGCGAACUUGAAGCAGACAUUUUUAUUGACGAUAUCCUCAACCAACAACUAAAAAUUUACUCGUCUCUCUCACAAACCUCUUCAGAUGUGAGGAUGGUCCAAUCACUAAUACCAAUUUGGGAGGAGGAGUAUGAGAGAACUGGAAUCCAAGAGGAAGCAUUGCCCCCUGAUCCUGGGAAGCCACACCCUGAAGAUGUUUUGAGGGUUUUUUCCCAUGGGCUUGAGUUUGAACAAAAAGUUUUGGAGUUAUGCAGCAAAAAAGAGAAGUCUCCAUCUGCUCUUUCACUUGAGGUUGAUGUAAAAUACCAACAGUCAGUGAGUCCUUCAACCAAUAAGGUAAAUGAGUUAGGGCUUGGUGAUAGUGUCAUUGAUGGUGAAGAAGCUUGGAAGAGUAUUAGCUCAAAAAAGGACAGUCAUAUCAACCUGUCCCAACAGUUAUUAUGUGAGGCUAAUGCUGCCAGUAGGAUGCAAAAUCCUGAUAUUGUUGGAAGUUCACAUGUGAAGGUUGGGGAUAGGGAGGCUUUGGGUCUUCUGCAUUGGCUUGCAGUCUCUCAGGUUUCAGAAGAUAUAGAUUCUGGUGAUGAACUUGUUCGCGAGACAAUUUUGAGUCCAUUAUUGCCUGCAACAACAAUUGACAAGGUACUGGAGCAAGCAAAUAUGGAUUUUGAGAGCCAGUCCCAACAAGAGUGUCAAGACAUCCUUGAUUCCAUCGAGGCUCCAGCUAAAUCAGAUACUUUAAAUGACAAAUGUUUCUCCACUGAUCAUAAUUCUGCAUGUCAAAUAUCAUUGAAGAACAUGAUUCCUCAAGUUGAUGAUUCUCGCAAUGUUCCAAAUUCAGUUGAGCAGUCUUAUAAUGUGGAAACACAUCAUGAAUCUGAAAUGUUGUUCCGGGGGAAUGCACAUCAGGGAAAAGGAUCAAGUUCUACCCAUAGAAGAUCAAGGAAAAAGUCAAAUUGGGGUUCUCUGCCCUUCUCAUCAACACAGAAGAUACAUGGUGACAAGGCACCUAUUGAAGCUGCUGAAUGUAAGAUUGCAAACUCUGAAAAUGAGGAAGUGUAUGAAAGCCCUCGUACUUGUAGUGAUACUGUGGUAGACAGUUUGUGUCCUUUAACAAGCACAAGUGCACUUAUUGGGUGCUCAACACGAGACUUAAUGAGGCAAAAGCGGAGCCAACGAUUUCAAUGUUCGCGAGAGGUCCAACGGCUUAGAAAAGCUUCGCCAGAAAAGGGAAAAGAUCCCUUUUCUUUUCCAAGAGACUUGGAAGCUCAUCAACUACAAAAUGAUAUGCUAGGUAAGAGGCCUCUUGCAUCUGUCGACUCCAAACCUUCACUUAGUAGGGAUGUGGAGGCAUCUCUUCAUAUGAACAAAAGCAUUGAAGAUCUAAAGAUGCACUUGUCUGGAGAAACUUGUCAUAGCAGACCUGAUUAUUUUGAAGACCUGCAAUGCUGUAAACAAUCUCUUACGUGCAAUGAUGGCCUUUUACAAGAAAAUGCAUCUAAAGAAAGUACUAAUUUUCCUUCUGAAAUAUUUGAGAAUGUGGUUGGGACAGUAGACAAGGCAGAAUUCAAUAUGAUACUGGAAGGUGGUAAAUCACCAGAAAAUGACAAGACUGCUAGCCAAUGUUGUGCUGUUUCUGUGGACUGUUGCAAAGACAAGGGUAUAAUAGGUCGACAAGAUGCAAAUCGUAAGACUUUAGAUUCUCCUGUUUUGUCACAUCUUAUUAACACAGGACCCAACGAAGUUGAGCUCAGUCCCAUGACCUUUCACAGAAAACCUCCAUUAAUGUUGGAGACACUGGAGUGUACUGCACCAAUCGGAGAAACAUAUCCCUUUCUCAAUGCGGCCCAAAACGAUUCUGUUGACGAUCCUGAUAAUUGUCAAGGGAGAUCAGCUCAGGGAAAUGAUCCUGAUGAGUUGCUCCCAUUUUUCAUGCAUGACUCCCUUGAGGAAAAAAGCAUUGACGGGGAAGGUUUGGAGAAUAGACCCUUAAAUAAUCAUGUUGCCGUGGGUAUCCCUACACAUGUCCUAAAUGAUGGAUCCUCCUUGUACAUGUUGACACCCAAAGUUUCUCCACCUUCCACUUAUAGAGUUAUCCAAUGGACACUCAAGGAUGGCACAGAAUGUUCUUUGUCAAGUAAAAGGGAUCUCAUGUUGGAACCUUGUGCCAUGGUCCUGGAGAAAAUAUUGAGGAAUGACCUCAAGUCUGAUAUGGAUCCUUCCAGAAAUAAGGCAAUAGAAGAACUGGAGACUCAUGGUUGUGAUGCUAUGAGAGGUAAACAGAAUGUUAGUUGUUCACAGGACAUUUCUCAGAUCUCUGGCCCAGAUGAGAAGUCAAGGUCCACUCCUUUAAGUCAAACGGGUUUCAGGGAUCCAGCAAGUCUUGGUGGUGGCCAGCAGCUGAUGAUAUUAAGCAUAGAGAUUCAAGCAGAAUCCCGUGGAGAUUUGCGACCAGAUCCUCGAUAUGAUGCAAUUAAUGUCGUAGUUCUUGUCUUCCAGGAAGAUAAUGAUUCCAUCAUGGAUGUUCAUGUCCUCUUGCGAAGUGAUACAAGAAACUGCUCAAGAAAUGCUAAUGGAGUGUCUGGCUACAAAGUAUCAUGUUUUUCUGAAGAGAAGCACAUAUUCAUUCAUCUAAUAAAUAUCAUUAGAUCCAUGGAUCCUGAUCUUAUAAUGGGCUGGGAUAUCCAAGCAGGUUCCCUGGGUUUUCUUGCCGAAAGAGCCUUGCACCUCGGAAUCACUUUCAUCAAUAAUAUAUCUCGAACACCUUCUGAAUUAAAAGAAUCUUCCAAUAUCACAGAGACAUCUGAUUCUGCUCAAGAUGGAGCCUUAGUCGGAGAGGACGAAUGGGGUAGGACCCAUGCAAGUGGUGUCCAUGUUAGUGGUAGGGUUGUUCUUAAUAUCUGGCGGUUAAUGCGUGGCGAACUAAAGCUAAAUAUGUACACUCUCGGAUCCGUCGCUGAAGCUGUUCUAAGGCAAAAAGUUCCGUUUAUUAGUUCUAACAUCCUUACAAGUUGGUUCGCUAGCGGUCACGGGGAAGCGCAAGAUCGGUGUAUUCAGUUUGUUGCCGAGAGAGCCAAACUGAACCUAAAGAUAAUGGAACAACUUGAUAUGAUAAACCGAACAUCAGAACUUGCUCGUGUUUUCGGAAUUGAUUUCUUCUCGGUUCUCUCAAGAGGUUCACAGUAUCGUGUCGAAUCUAUGAUGCUGAGGCUUGCCCACACCCAAAAUUAUCUCGCCAUUUCUCCUGGAAGCCAACAGGUUGCUUCUCAAUCUGCAAUGGAAUGUUUACCUCUUGUAAUGGAGCCCGAAUCUGGAUUUUAUAUCGAUCCCGUUGUAGUUUUGGAUUUUCAAUCACUUUAUCCGUCAAUGAUCAUUGCCUACAACCUCUGCUUCUCUACUUGUUUCGGGAAUGUAAAUCCUUUAAAAGGAAGUACUCUUGGUGUUUCUUCGUACACACCGGAUAUGGAUAUGCUGUGGAAGUUAAAACGUGAACUGUUGGUUACACCAAACGGAGUUAUGUAUGCGCCUUCUAAAGUUCGUAGAGGGAUACUUCCUCGCUUACUGGAAGAAAUAUUAUCAACUAGAGUUUUGAUGAAACAAGCAAUGAAGAAACUGUCGCCUUCAGAGAAAGUUCUACACAGGGUAUUCAAUGCAAGACAGCUUGCUCUUAAGUUGAUAGCUAAUGUAACGUAUGGAUAUACAGCUGCUGGAUUUAGUGGUCGUAUGCCUUGUGCGGAACUUGCUGAUAGUAUAGUUCAAUGUGGCCGAAGAACACUGGAGUUUGCUAUUUCUUUUGUGAAUGCAAAUGAUAAGUGGAAGGCUAGAGUCAUUUAUGGUGACACUGACAGUAUGUUUGUCCUCCUAAAAGGUCGCUCUGUUGAAGAAGCUUUCGAAAUUGGAAACCAGAUUGCAUCUGCAGUUUCUGCAUUGAAUCCAAAUCCAGUUACUUUGAAAAUGGAGAAGGUAUAUCAUCCAUGCUUCCUCCUCACCAAGAAACGGUAUGUUGGUUACAGUUAUGAAAAACCUGGCCAAACCAAACCUUCAUUUGAUGCCAAAGGCAUAGAAACAGUGCGAAGAGAUACAUGUGGGGCUGUAGCCAAGACAAUGGAGCAGUCACUGAAACUAUUUUUUGAACAUCAAAAUGUCAACAAGGUGAGAGCAUACUUGGAGCGACAAUGGACCCGAAUACUCUCCGGGAGGAUUUCAUUUCAAGAUUUUAUCUUUGCAAAAGAAGUUCGUUUAGGUACUUACAGUAUGAGGGGGAAUUCAACUUCACUUCCACCAGCAGCAAUCGUAGCAACUAAAGCAAUGAGAGCCGAUCCAAGAGCCGAACCACGUUAUGCUGAACGAAUACCCUACGUUGUAGUCCAUGGCGAACCUGGUUCACGUUUGAUUGAUAUGGUGGUAGGUCCCAUGGAACUUAUGGCUAUCGAUUCCCCUUACAGGUUAAAUGAUGUAUAUUACAUAACUAAACAAAUCAUCCCGGCUUUGCAAAGGGUAUUCGGCCUUGUAGGAGCUGACUUACAUCAAUGGUUCUUGGCCAUGCCUCGUCCAGAAAGGGAAGUCACCUCUAAACGAGUAUUGUAUGCUCAAAAUUCACAUCGCACUAGAAUUGAUUAUUAUUAUCUGUCGAAACAUUGUGUGUUGUGUGGUGGUUUGACUCAGUUGUCUUCUCAAAGACUUUGCGGUGAUUGUUCGAAGAACAAAGUUGUUGUUGCCACAACUUUGGUUGGAAGAACUUCUAAAUUGGAAAGAGAAGCACAACACCUUGCUGCGAUAUGUGAACAUUGUGGAGGACAAGAUUGGGUUCCUGGGAAUGGAGUGAAAUGCACUUCCUUAGCAUGUUCGGUUUUUUAUGAAAGGCGAAAAGUCAAGAAAGAACUAAUAGCUUUGUCAACUGUCGCUAUUGAAGCAGGUCUUUUUCCGUCUUGUAAAUUUGAAUGGUUUUAAGUUAGAUGCAUUUUUUUUUUUCAUUUAUGUUGUUGUGUUGUUCUGAAUAUAUAUUUGUAUGUGAGUUAAUGUUAUUAUCAUUAUAGCAAAUCAUUUGAAUGGUUCUUGUAAAAUUUUUGGGAAGGUUUGUAAGUUAAUUUUUUCAUUACAUUCUUAUUGAUCA